UGCUGCUGCUGCUGCUGAUGCUGUGGUUGAAAAAAAAGAAAAACAAUAAGCCGAGCAGCCGAGGGGCAGGCAGCACAAAAAGUAUCCGGGAGACAGACGCACAGGUGCCGCGGAAGUUUACACGUGCUGCGGCGCAUCCCUCCGCGUCUUUUGGGCAUUAUCUGGGAUAACGUGAAAGAGACUGUAACUGGCGGCCAUCCGGUACCCACUGAUCCUGUGGUUGUCUCAGCCUCGGCCCCCAGAGCAGCAGAUCCUCCUCCAUCCUCCCCCCUGCCUCCCCCCUGUUGGACCAGCAGCUCAGCGUGGCGAGGCCGGGAGCGAUGGGCCGGAAGCUGGACCUGUCGGGCCUGACGGACGACGAGGCGGAGCACGUCCUGAAGGUGGUACAGCGGGACAUGAAGCUGAGGAAGAAGGAGGAGGAGAGGCUGAGUGAGAUGAAGCAGGAGCUGGCGGAGGAAGGCAGCAGAUGCUCCAUCCUCACCAAGCAGCACCGCUUCAACGAGCACUGCUGCAUCCGCUGCUGCGCGCCCUUCACCUUCCUCAUCAACCCCAAGCGCCUGUGCCUGGACUGCCAGUACAACGUCUGCAAGACCUGCUGCACCUACAACAAGAGGGAGCAAGCCUGGCUGUGUGCCGCGUGCCAGAAGGGCAGGGUUUUGAGGACACAGUCUCUUGAAUGGUAUUAUAACAACGUGAAGAGUCGCUUCAAGAGGUUCGGCAGCGCCAAGGUUCUGAAGACUCUGUACAGGAAGCACAUCAUCGAGAGAGGGGCGCUCUCCGAUCUGCCCGAAAGCAGCGCUCACGAGGGAAGCACCGGCAACGACAACGAUGGCAGCGUCUGUGGCAGCGACUCCGCCUUCUACAAACAGAGCGAAGGACACAGUAUGGCCGAGACGCUCACAGUCGCCCUGCGUGUCGCUGAGGAGGCGAUAGAGGAAGCCAUCGCUAAGGCGGAGGAGUUCAGUGACAGCUUGGAGAAGCAGAAUGAGGUUCGAUAUCUGCAGGACCACAAAGAGGAACUCAUAGAGGAACUCGCCACAACUAUCGUACAAAAAAUCAUCCAGAGGAGGAAGCGCUCGGAGAUGCAGACAGAGUACGACUUUGUCUGGCCGCAGCCUCAGAAUCCAAUCCAGUCCGGUGAACUCACCUCUCCGUCGCAGCCUCAAGCGUCUUCACAAGCUCCCCAGGACCCUCUGAAGACCUCCUACUCUCUGUGGCGUUCGCGCUCAGCGUUCUCCCUAACCAGUGACGACUCCCCAGAGAAGGGUCUGGAGGAAGAGGGGGGGGCCCGGGCCGGUGGAGGGUUACAAGAUUACACCUCUCUAAAGAGGGAGGGCAAGGCCACAGCACUCCCCAGCUGGAAGAGUGUGGACCGCCUGGACAACUCCAGUGCGUCCUCGGUGCUCCAGAGUCCGGACGGGAACUGGAUCGCUCUGCACAGCUCCCAGCUGUCCCGGCCCAGCCUGCUGACCAAGAGGAAGAGCCUGGUGUUCAGCGCGCUGGAGAAGGAGUCCGGCGUGGUGUCGGCGUACGACGGGAUGGGGUCCGACUCUGAGCCGGACGACGAGGGCGGCUGGGGGGCGGCGCUGAGACAGUUCAGGCGCAAAAUGUCCGACGAGACGUACUACACGGACUCUCAGCACGACCCCGAGUGGACGUACACGCAGCACCUGCCCGUCACCUCCCCCUCCUCCGGGCAGUACACCAACACAGAGACGCUCAACUCGGACUCCGAGGCCUCGUCCGUGCUGUCGGCCUGUCCCCGAAACCCCCCCCACAACCUGCUGAGGAAGAAAGGACCCCCCACCGACACACACCUGCACCCCCCCCACCAGCCGCUGUACCACCAACACCUCCACCAGAACCUCUCCCCGUACCCAGUGCCCUCAGAGGCCCUGGACGUCAACUUCAACCCCAAGGUGACGGGGGACAGCAGCGAGGCGGAGGAGAAGCAGAUCGACCCCGUCCGGAGGUCACGGAGACGCAGGAAGAGCAAGAGAGAGUCUUCAUCAGAGCAGAAAGCUGCAGGGAGCCACGCUCAGUCCAUCUACCCUCUAGCUCAGGAGAACAGUGGUGUCCUCCUCAACGCUCUCCUGAAGCGGGGCCUCAGUGAGGAGCAGUCAGCUCCCGACUCUGUGCCAUCAGCUGCCCCGGACGCCUUCAAAUCAGACGCCAUGACCCCUGAGCCAGAGGACUUGGACACGGUGGCACCAGAUUCAGCGGCCCCCAGCCCUCCACAGCCCCAAUCUGUGGCCCCGGGACCCCCGCCUGCAGACUCUCUGGAGGAGGAGCUGAGGGCCAGACUCAGCCAGCUGGUCAGCAGAGCAAACAGCAAAGACUGCAGCUCGUCGGAGGAGAAGGAGGAGGAGGAAGAGGAGGAGAGGACGAGAGACACCGAGAGACAGAGAGGAAGUGACAGACUGAGGGAAGAAAGAGAGGCAGAAAGUGAGACGGUGGAACAAGGGAACGGGCCGGAGGAGAGACUAAUAAAGAGUCCUUCAGAGAGGGAGGAGACGAGGUUAGAGAUGGGGGUCGAGUGUUUGGAAGAGAAGGUAGAAGAGUGGGAGCCAAAGAGAGGAGACGAGAGACAACGUAAGAGACAACACAAGAGAGACUCUGAGAAGGAGGCGAGGAGGAGUGGAUCCAGCGCUAGUUCACCUGCUGUUACUCCAUCCUUCCAGGAGGGGGCGCUGUCAGACAACCAGCAGAAGUACUCGGCGGCCUCUCUCUGCAGCAUCACCACGGAGGUGCUGAAGGUGUUGAACGCCACACAGGAGCUGAUCGGAGAGGCAGGAGGAGAGAGCUUCAGCCAAUCAGAGCCCCUCAGCGCCCCCCCCGUGUCCAACAGCUCCGACACCCGCCAGCUGGACCAGAGGCUCACCAAGAUGGAGGAGAACGUGUACCUGGCUGCAGGUGAGGUGUACGGCCUGGAGGGGGAGCUGGGGGACCUGGAGGAGUGCGCACGCAGCAUUCAGAGCGGCACCAGCGACACAGAGCUGUCCUUCCUGGAGGACCAGGUGGCCUCUGCUGCCGCCCAGGUGCAGCACUCUGAGAUACAGAUUUCGAACAUCGAGGCGAGGAUAUCCGCUCUGAAAACAGCUGGGUUGAAUGUGAAUGUCUGCAAUCAUUUCUCCAAGUUCAAGCCAAAGGCCAUGCCUCAAACCCUGGACUCAUCACGCCAUCAGAGGAGGAAGCUCCCUGCCCCCCCACUGAAAGAGAAGUUGGAGCCAGAGCAACAGGUGAAAGUGUUUCGGCCGUAGUGACAGUCAGCAGCACAAGGAGUCCCUCAGGGCGGUUUCAGAGCCCCAGGGACGGGCCCCUCUCAUCCAGUGCCUUGACCCAGUGUCCGCCUCCAGGCCAAUCAGGGGCCAACACCUGCCCUGUGACCCUAAAAGCACUCUGUCGGUACCCUGUCAGUCAAAAACCGGCAAAAGAGACAACUGGCUCUUUGGUCUUUUCCAUGAAUCGUCCAUUUCUUCACUUCGUAACAUAAAGCAAGGAUAACUCGACAGUCUCUGCCUUAAAAAUCUGCAAACAAUCCUCAUGGCAAAAAUAACAUCUGUACAGACAAGAAUAACUCUCAUUCCCCUUUUCUAUCUGUUUGCAAGAGUAUUGUGAUUUACUGUACAAUGAAGACGUGGAAAAAUCAUGUGAAACUUUCUGUGAUCCAGUGUUUUAUACUGCAUCCUCUUUCUCAACAGGUGACAUGUCAAACUCUAAGCCCCCCUCAGAGCUUUUAUGGAUGAUUUCCACACACAGCUAUCAGAUGGUAAUCCUCAUUUGGGGAAUGAUUGUAACACCUUUGAUAUGUUAACCAUUUUAAUAAUUCAUGCACUUGCCAGAAAAUAAGGGUUAAGAUACACAAGGUAUCAGGGCCACGACUGUUUUCGUCCUUCCUUCCUAACACUGAAAAUGCUAGAGGGCUAAAAAGGAAAAACAAAGCACAUUUGAGAAAUCUUUUAUCCCUUCUUUACGGCCUCAAAUAAAGUAGUUACUUGAUUGGUAUUGGGAAAUAACUUCUUGACUAGAUUUACAGACAAAGAUCAAAACUACAGUAGAGUUUGUACAGUUCAUAUGAAGCCGUUAGCUUAGUUUAGCAUAAAGACUCUAGCUUGCUAGCUUGACUUCACAAAGGUUAUGAUAUUAGCAGCACUUCUAAAGUUCACCUUUACAUACAUAUACAUAUAGAGAUUUAUAUUUUUGUUUUAACUGUACAAAAGAUAGACAUAUAUUGUUCCGUCAGACAGAGCCAGUCUAAAUGUUUCUCCUGAAUUUCAGUCUUUAAGCUAAGCUAAGCUAACCAGCUAAUUAGCUUCAUAACAAGGCUACAGACACACGAUUCUCAUUAAAUGAAAAAGUGUAUUUCCCAUAAUGUCCAAUUAUUCUUCAAAUACAUGUCGAGGAAGUGCUUUCUUCCAAGUAUUAUUAAAGCUAAGUAGAAACACACACAGCCUUAAUGUGAGAGCUAUGGGCUUCUACAUUGAAACGAGUGAAACUAAUGUCUGAAUGUCAGACAAACUCAGCUCAGGUCUGACAUUCAGGUUUGCCAACGUUCCCCCUGUUCAGUAUUCUUCAACCCAAAGUCAUUUUAUUUGUUUACUUUCAAACGUUGUGGCCUUUUCUAAACAAAAAGGUAUUUUCAUGUUUUAACCUUUCGCUGUGUCAUGUCCAAACUUUUGUGUUGCAUUCAUUCAAUCUUGCAAAGAUUUUUUACAUAAUGAAGUCACAUGGGCUAUAAAACAAAUGCCAUGAAACCAUGAUUUUGUUACAAGCAAUUUAUUUUUGUACUUACUGAACGUUUUUAUGCAAUAUCACUGAUAUAAGUACUAUUGCACAUUGAAGGCUUUAUUCUCUCCUCAAAGGAGCCCUCCUCAGUCGGUUCUAUGACUCAAAGUGCUUUCAGUGUACGCCUGCAUUUACCAUUUGAUAUUCUGCCAGUAAUGACGAUGGUAAAUGAUGCAAAAACACGGGUGUCAACAGGCAUCUUUGGAGCGGCUAGUACACACUGAUACACACUGUAUUUGUACUCCUUAAACACUAGAUUUGAGAAUACUGCCUUUCAUUUUUGGUUGUUUUUCUUUACUCUGUGACCACUUGCAUUAGUCAGAUUCUCAGUUAGCCAUGCAUACGGUUGUCAACGUUUCUGCAGAGUUGUUUUUCCUGAUGGACUGCUUGAACUAAAAAAGGUGUGAUGAUCCUCUGAAUGAAUGCUCUGCCCCUCUUCAUCCCAGCCUUUCACUUCUCGGGUUUUGCACAUUGAUCCUGUACUUUUGUCAAUCUUGUUCUCCGGAGGUGUCGAUGUAUAAAAGCAUGUUUCUGGUUUUAUCGAAAUUUGAUGUGAAAAUGUCCCAUGAGAAGCACAGCCACAAGGGUCCAAUCAUCAGUGUCCUGUAUUUUUCUAAUGUAAAAAAUAAUAUUCUCUCAUCACAGAAUUUAUUAAUAUAUGUAUAUGUGUGAAAAGAUGGAUAUGAUAUAGAAUAAUAUGUGUAUUGCCCAAUCAUAGUUGACCAAUCUUUCAGUGUUGUGUGCAAGAGACUGUGUAUAUUGUCCUGAGGGCGGGGUUCACGCAGGAAGUCGAAUUUACUGUAACGGUGUCUCGGGAUAAAUGAUGAGAUUCCCUCAGAGCUGCAGACAGAUCUCACUUUAAACCCAGUGAGAUGUAGGACUCUCACUUUAUGUGCAAUCGUUCGAUGCGCUCCAUAUGACAUGUUGGGGGAAAUGUUAUCAAGCAAAAAAUACAGAUUCUCUAUGUGCCACACUGAGACAAACAUGUAUUAUGAAAUGAAUAAAAUUUGCAAACUUAAAAA